UUUUUAUUUUUUCGCUUAAUGUUCGUUCGUUCACUCCUGAUCCACGUGGUGGGCACACGGCAAUUUUGGUCAAUGACAAAAUUUAUUUCAUGGGAGGUUCAAGGCCUAUACCCAAGACUUCAUCUGCGUGGACUCCAACUCAUCAAUUCAAUCUAUCGGAUGAGGUGUUCUAUUUGGAUCUUUCUUCAUGGUUUACCAUCAAUUCACCUUUUUUCACAGAUCUUUCCGCAAUCUCUCGAAUGCCAUUUGGUAAUGAGAAAGGAACAACAGUAUUGGGAACUAGUGGUGUGCGGAUUUUUCUCAUUGGAGGGGUCCAGCAGGAUAUGACAACAUUUAGUUAUAAUGGGACAAAUUCUAGCCUUUGGAUCUAUAAUGUAAAUUCACAACGAUGGGACGUUCCUGGGCCAGGAACUAAUGGACCACCACUUCCUAUUCGUAGGUCCACCGCAACAGUUAUCAGUAAAAAUGGUGGAAGAGUGGAAGUGGAUACUGCUUCAGAUGUGUUUACAAUCCUCGAGGAUUUUUUCACAUUUGAUACUUUAUUAUUGAGGUGGACAAAUCUGACUUCACUUUCUAAUCAUCCAUAUAAACGAAGUCAUAGCACUGCAACUUUAAUGCCUGAUGGAAAAAUUAUUUACAUAGGUGGUGUUACUCAAUCUAUCCCUGGUACGCCUGCAACUCGUAUAAGUAUGAAUGAAGUGACACCCGAUAAUCACACUAUUGUAAUCUUAGGUGGAUCGCAAAGUUACGGCCUUAAUGAGACUACACCAUAUCCGGUUUUUGCAUUGCUAGAUAUUAGAUCUGAACCAUUUCAAUAUUCCAGUCCUCAACCUUCUGGAAUAUCUCCUCCUCCAUUAUCAUUCCAUACAGCAACACUUUAUAAAGACUAUAUGAUUGUAGCAUUUG